AUGUUGCGCUCUCAUUUUGAGUUCGUCUAUGUUCUUCACUUUGUCUUCAUAUCUUUGAUAUCAUCAGCAUCGUUUAAUAGUUUCUGUUCGGAUGAUUUAUCUUGUGAUUAUCCUUUAAUUUGUUCUAAUACAAGUCAAUGUACAUGUCCACGAUUGUCUUCUCAGACAUUUUGGAAUACGGAACAAAAUACGUGCCUUGCUUGUCCAAAAGGAUGGAUUGAAUGGCAAAAUGAAACAUGUCUUCUAUUUAUAAAACAUUCAGAAAAUGGCAUCAUACACGAGAAGGCUAAAGAUGCGUGUCUAUCAUAUUCAGCACAAUUACUACAAAUUAAUUAUUAUCAAGAAUAUGUAAAAUUUCAAUAUAAAAUAAACGAAUUAUUGAAAGGUCAACAUGCUAAUGAACUGAGUGAAUAUUUAACGAAUGGUGUUUGGAUUAAUUUUACAGAUACAGAUUGGCUGAAUUCAUAUGAAUGGUGUGAUAACGACUAUAAAAAUGAUUCAAUUCCACGGAAUGAUUGCAUUCGUUUAUCGAAACACUUUUCAAAAGAUAAAAUUAAUAUCACACUUUGUUUAAGUUAUAUUCAAUGUAAUGAAGCAUUAUCUUAUAUUUGUGAAAAAUCACCAAGUAUUCUAAAUGAUGAUACUAGAUUCUUCUCGUUAAUUGCUGGUGCUGUUGAAAAUCUAUUUUUUCCUGCACCAAAGCCAAUACCGACGCAACCACCACCACCGCCGCCACCACUCAUUAUCUGUAAAGAUAGAGUUGAAGAUGAGAUUUAUUGUAUUAUGGGGUGUGCUUCAGAAACUUCAAAAUCGAAUAAUACAACACUCUAUAUUGGCAUUGCUGUCGGUGCUGUUCUGCUUAUUUUGAUGGUAAUAUGCUGCUGUUGUUUUUGUGGUGGUUUUCUUCUCUGGAAAAGCAACGAUACUCCAAAAGCAUCAUCACAAAUAUCUCGUUUUCGUCGACGUCGUGAUCGAACUAGUGUCGAUUCAGCUGCGAGCGAUGUCACGUAUUAA